GACGAAUAUUCAAACCUUAAGAGUACCCAUAGUUCAUACAAUGACAGUUCCAUGUGAAUCGAACUUACCUGAAGCUGGAGCUGGUUGGACUGUUAUCCAGCGUCGUAAGGAUGGUACUGUGCAUUUUAAACAACCGUGGUCAGAGUAUAAAGAAGGCUUUGGAAAUCUUCAUGGUGAAUUCUUUCUUGGACUGGAGAAUAUUCAUGUGCUAACACAAUCCCAACCACAUGAAUUGUUUGUAUUCCUUGAAGACUUUUUUAAAGAAACCCGAUAUGCUCGAUAUAGCAACUUUGUCAUUGGUAACGAAAAAGAAUUUUACGAGUUGAAAGUGCUCGGAAACUACUCAGGCACUGCUUUCGAUUCACUGCGACCUCACGUAAAUCACAAGUUUUCAACACCAGAUAAAGACUUUACUUCUAAGAAAUGCGCUCAAGAUUUUAAAUCUGGAUGGUGGUUUAACAACGAUGGUUGCUAUCGGAGUAAUCUUAACGGAUGGUACGUGUUUUCUGAUAUUGGUAAGGAAGUGAAUAGCCUUGAAUGGAGAUUGUGGAAGCAUCGGCCGUUGAAAUUUGCACAAAUGAUGAUUAGGCCACUCGAGUGAAAUUUUCAAAUAUUAAAAAAAAGUUGUAUAAAAAAGUUUUGCAGCAUCUUAAAAAAAUUAAAAUAUAUAAAAUAUCAAUAACUUUAUAUAUUUUGAUCAUCUCUUUAAAAUUGUAAUGAGGUUCUGUUUGUAACCGAUGAACAUGUUCAGAGAUAGCCACUAACAGGUUUCAAUGAAAGCAAAACAAUACAAAAUGGAUACUUUAUAUUAAAUAUACCAACUAAAUAUACAACAUACAAAAAAUACGACAUAUAUUUAUAUUUGAUAUUAUUAUUAAUGACCACAUACAAAUAUACCAAUAAGUACAAAACAUA